AUGCAACUGCCGGAAACCGCCGACACGCCGGUAACCGCCGACACGCCGGAAACCGCCGACACGCCGGAAACCGCCGACACGCCGGAAACCGCCGACACGCCGGAAACCGCCGACACGCCGGAAACCGCCGACACGCCGGAAACCGCCGACACGCCGGAAACCGCCGACACGCCGGAAACCGCCGACACGCCGGAAACCGCCGACACGCCGGAAACCGCCGACACGCCGGAAACCGCCGACACGCCGGAAACCGCCGACACGCCGGAAACCGCCGACACGCCGGAAACCGCCGACACGCCGGAAACCGCCGACACGCCGGAAACCGCCGACACGCCGGAAACCGCCGACACGCCGGAAACCGCCGACACGCCGGAAACCGCCGACACGCCGGAAACCGCCGACACGCCGGAAACCGCCGACACGCCGGAAACCGCCGACACGCCGGAAACCGCCGACACGCCGGAAACCGCCGACACGCCGGAAACCGCCGACACGCCGGAAACCGCCGACACGCCGGAAACCGCCGACACGCCGGAAACCGCCGACACGCCGGAAACCGCCGACACGCCGGAAACCGCCGACACGCCGGAAACCGCCGACACGCCGGAAACCGCCGACACGCCGGAAACCGCCGACACGCCGGAAACCGCCGACACGCCGGAAACCGCCGACACGCCGGAAACCGCCGACACGCCGGAAACCGCCGACACGCCGGAAACCGCCGACACGCCGGAAACCGCCGACACGCCGGAAACCGCCGACACGCCGGAAACCGCCGACACGCCGGAAACCGCCGACACGCCGGAAACCGCCGACACGCCGGAAACCGCCGACACGCCGGAAACCGCCGACACGCCGGAAACCGCCGACACGCCGGAAACCGCCGACACGCCGGAAACCGCCGACACGCCGGAAACCGCCGACACGCCGGAAACCGCCGACACGCCGGAAACCGCCGACACGCCGGAAACCGCCGACACGCCGGAAACCGCCGACACGCCGGAAACCGCCGACACGCCGGAAACCGCCGACACGCCGGAAACCGCCGACACGCCGGAAACCGCCGACACGCCGGAAACCGCCGACACGCCGUCCCGUCACAGAACACUGCCCAUCAGCGAAUAUCGAAGCUUUGAAUAG